CAAAAGUCCAAAAGACAAACACACAAAAGAUCCAAAGGUUUUAACACAAAACUCCAAAAGGCAAACACACAGAAGAUCCGGGCAAAAACUAGAUUUGCCAAAAACACAGGAGACACAGAAGAUCCCACAGAACACAGAAUAUUAGGCACAUAACAAACACAGGUGACAAACAGUGUCAUCCCAGUCUCUGGAGAUGCAGGUCAAUCUGGAAUUUUAUGACACAUCCACACAUUGUAGUCUGAGAUCAGUGAAGUCAGCAGCGGCACGAGCAGCACAUCAAUGAGCACCAUAAACUGCAGCUCCUUUUGAUGAUGUUUGUCUGGGAGUGAGAUAUGAUUCAUGUUGAUAUCACACUAUUUUCACCAAUAACACACAACCUUGACCCUGGACUACUUAAAAAAAAAAAAACCUUUACCCUGGACUGCACAUGAACUACACCUCACGUGUGCAUCGUAUACGAUUCUGUUUGUUUGAUGAAUAUCUGCACGUCCCAAUGACAUCACUUGGUAACAUGCAACCAGGCUAUAUAUUUGAGAGCAAGAACACACAGUACACAAUGAGAAGGGAAGUGGAGAAGAAGAAUCAUCCAGUAUAAUGAAGACUUCUGGAGCUCUACUUGUGCUGCUGUGCUGCUGUUUGGCUGAGACGCAGCUCAGAGGAGAGACCAUCAGUGAAAAUGACAUCACUCACCAGGGCCACUCUGGUGAAGCAGAGAACAGAGAGAAUGAGGUUAUGGGUGCAGCAGAGAGAACUGAAGCUGCUGCCCCAGCCUCCACUCAACAAACCUGCCAGCCUGACAUCCACGCUGUGCUGAGAGAGAUGAGCGCACUGAUGGCGGAGCAGAGAGUGGAGCUCAGAUACACUAAGACACAAAUGGAGGCCAUGGAGACCAGACAGAAAGCCAGUGAGAAUAAAGCAGAGACCGUGGAGACCAGACUGAGAGCCAGUGAGAAUAAAGCAGAGACUUUGGAGACCAGACUGAGAGCCAGUGAGAAGACAGUCGAGGAGCAGAGAGUGGAUCUCAGACAGACUGAUGCCAGACUGACAGCCAGUGAGAGACUAGUGGAACGGCUUCAGAGUGAAAAUGAGGCUCAGACAGUGAAUCUGAACCUCACUGUGAGCCAGGUGGAGGAGCUGAGGAGGGAGAGAGAGGAGAGGAGGGUGUCUUUCUCUGCCUCACUUGUAUCAUCUGAUGGUGGUCAGUAUUUUGGUCCCUUUAGUAGGCCAACCACACUGAUCUACAGACAUGUCUUCACCAACACUGGAAAUGCCUACAACCCCAAUACAGGUGUCUUCACGGCUCCAGUCAGAGGUGUCUACCACUUUUCUGUAUUUAUGCAUGGAACCGGUCAUGCCUCUAUACCUACAGGAGUCUCUCUCCAUAAAAAUGAAGAACAUGUUGUCAUUGCUCACAGUCACCAGCCAAGCUACAGUGUAAAUCCCUCUAAUGGAGCUUCUCUGCUGCUGGAAGUGGGAGAUGUGGUCUAUGUGAAGCUGUGGCCCAAUGCAUGGGUCUAUGACAGCUAUAACCACCACACUACCUUCUCUGGCCACCUGCUCUUCCCCAUGUGAGGGAAGCAGUAGACCGAUGUAGAAGUUAUGUUGGGUGUGGAGUGACGCUAGCAGUGAGAAAAACGGACAAUAUGGAAGCCACUCCUUUCCUUGUUUCCUACAUGGACACAGGGUGGGUCUGGGAAAGACCUUUAGUGUGACAUUAAGUUCAUUCUCCUUGAUUGCAAUCCAUGUAUUGUGCUGUUUUGUUACAUAUACCUUUACCUACUGUUAGUAUGUCAGUGUGGAACUGAAAACACUAGUAAU